AUGAGAAAUUUUUAUGUGAUAGCAAGUGGCUACUUACUUUUUACAAUGACUGAUUCUUCUUUAAGAAUGACUGUAUUAUUAGAAUUAUUUCAACGUAGAUAUAAUGCACUCGAAAUCUCUUAUAUGUUUAUAUUAUACGAAUUUAUUGGAAUUUUUACAAAUUUAUUUGGAGGAAUAAUGGGAUCAAGAUUAGGAUUGAGGUUUUGUUUAUUGGUUGGUUUGACAGCACAAGUAAUUGGAAUAGCCAUAUUAUGUGGAUUACAAGCUGAUUGGAGUAAAGCGGUAGUGAUCAUUUAUAUAGUUAUUGCGCAAGGUUUCAGUGGUAUUGCAAAAGAUCUGGUCAAAAUAGGUGGUAAGUCAGUUACAAAACUGGUAACAAAUGAUCAAGAAAAACCCAGAUUGUUCAAAUUGGUUGCUUGGUUGACUGGUGCAAAAAAUUCGAUUAAGGGUGCUGGCUUCUUCUGGGGAGCUUUUCUCCUGAAUUUUAUUCAAUACGUUCCAUCAUUGAUUGUUUUAUUGUUGAUGAACUUGAUCAUCAUGCCACUUGCUUGGUUUUAUCUCGAUGGAAAUUUGGCUGUAUCCAAAUCAAAGAAAAAAUUAACUUUGAAACAAAUCUUUUUCAAAGGAAGAGAUGUAAACAUACUAUCUGUUGCUAGAAUGUUUUUGUUCGGAUCACGUGAUUUAUGGUUUGAAGUUCCACUACCACUAUUUUUACGCGGACCUUCAAUUGGCUGUACUCCACAGCUAAUUUUAAAACCAAUUAAACAAUAUCCAUUAAAAAGUGGCAAAGUUUUAGUCCCGGCAACAUUUCUUCUACUAUUAUUAUCAAUUGGUGUAGCUAUUGGAAUGACUAUAGUCCAACUAUCGCCAUCCAUCACAUCAAAAUAUGUUUCAUUAUUAGUGUUAUUAUUUGUUGGGUUAUUUUUAUUUGCACUUAUAUUUGCAAUAAAUUCAUCAAUACACUCAUUUCUGAUAUUGGCAUAUUGUAAACAUGAUAAGGUGGCAGCAAAUAUAGGAUUUUAUUAUAUGGCAAAUGCUCUUGGUAGAGCAUUUCAAGUAGAGGCUAUUAGGUGCAUAAGUUGGAGACUUAAAAUCGUUGGAUUUUAA